AUGAAUCACAAUGCGAUUCUUGCGCCUCGUGGCCACGAGACUGCGAGUCCCAUGAAAUUUCUCCAGCCCAUUGACUCCAAGAUGAAUACGAGACUGCGAAUCCCAUCGGAACUCAGGCAAAACAUCAAUACCGCAACGGGCAUGGAAAAUUCCAGUUAA